UGUAAUUGUAAACAGCUGUGCGAGAAGCAUACUGGAAUCAUGUUAAAUUUCACUCUUCGCCGACUCACUGGAGUUUCCUUGCGAAACCUGAAUCAACUGACACCCACAAUCUGCAGCUUAGGACAGAUCCUACCCAGAGCCACUAUGUCGCAGGAGGCGGGACAGUAUCCGCCCAUCGAGUCUGCCAUGCGAAAGGCACUUAACACUGAGCUGAAGCCGGUGUUCCUGGAGGUCAUCAACGAAUCGCCCCAGCACAAUGUCCCCAAGCGGUCGGAGUCCCACUUCCGUGUGUUCGUCGUCUCGGAGAAGUUCAACGAUCUCACCCUCAUCAAGCGUCAUCGAUUGGUCAAUGACACGGUAAAGAACGCCCUGAAGGCAGCCGGUUUCGAGUUUAUGCACGCCCUGUCAAUUGAGGCCAAGACGCCCAAGCAGUGGGAACCAGAGCAGGAGCCGGAGAAGAGUCCGCCGUGCCUGGGAGGCCACGGCAAGUAAACCCAGAAGGAACAAAACUGAUAUUCUAUGUACAAAGGACCUACUUUACUAUUCACAAAACCAGCUAACGCAAAUACAACAGAAUCACCAAUGGAA